CUAACAAAGAAUUAAUUAAUUAAUUAUUUUGUUUUUCUUAAACCCUGAAACCGCUGGUCCAAGCAAUCCACCAAGGCUCCUUCUUCUUCUUCGAUUUCCCUAAGCUUUUAUUUAUUUAUUUAUUUUUUCUCCCUACGUUAAUCGACCCACGCAUCGCACCUUCUAGUUGAACUCCAUCAUCGCCUUCUUGUUCUCCUCCUCCAUCCCUCUCUACUGCCAGCCACGAGAAAUCUACAAUCUGCAAUCGCCUUCUUCUUCUUGUUCUCACCGUCUCUAUGGGUCCCCAGUAGAAAUCUGCAGCAAUAAUUUAUGGGUCCGCAACAAAGAUCAACGGAGAUCAACCCAGAAAUUUGAGGUUUCUCUCAGCAUUACGGCCUUGGUUUCUAAAAAGUGACUGUAACUUCUGAGAGAGAGAAAAAAGAGGGGUAGGAAAUGAAUAAAGGCGGAGCAGGGGGUGUCAGUGGAGGCGGCGGCUUGGGAAGCGGUGGGGGUGGUGGCGGAAGUGGGCCAACCGCAGCGGCAGCGGCAUCCGCAGCGCAGAAGCAGAAGAUGUUGCUCCAGAGAGUCGAAACCGACAUUAGCAACAUCGUGGACAACUUCAGUCACCUCGUCAAUGUCUCCCGGGUGGAUGAUCCACCAGUCAGAAAUUCACAACAAGCUCUCAUGAUGGAGAUGCGUGCAGCUAGAAUGGUUCAAGCAGCUGACUCUCUACUGAAGUUAGUGUCAGAGCUUAAGCAAACAGCAAUAUUUUCAGGAUUUGCAUCCCUUAAUGACCAUGUGGACCAAAGAACAGCUGAGUUUAACCAGCAGGCAGAGAAGACAGACCGCAUGUUGGCUAGAAUUGGAGAGGAGGCAGCUGCCAGCCUUAAGGAGCUUGAAUCGCAUUAUUACUCUUCCGCAGACAGGACAACUCAAACCCUGCAGAUGUGAAUGCUCGUUUCUUUGCCAUUUAUUUCAUGAGUAGGACCCAUGGUAGUACAGCAUAUGGGCCUUAGUAAUUUGCAGCAAUGAUAAACAUUAAUCUUAUUGUAUUUUUGUAAUUGAGUGGUCAACAACUUUGUUGUCAAUGAAUAUAGAUGCCAUUUUUUGGUACUUCAUGAGGAUUUUCAAGUUUGAAACACUCUUAUGCACAAGCAACUUACCGCU